GCCGGCGAGCCCAGCGGGGCAGGGGGAAGCUGAGGCACCCGCCCCAGCUCUGGUGGCAAUGAUCAGCUAACCGGGCUGAGGCGCUUCUCCCGCGGACUGUCGAGCCCCGGAGAGCUGGGGGCUGAGCGGGCCCGGGGACCCUCCCCAGGACCCAGCGUGUUGGGAGCCGGCGGCUUCAUGGGCAGCCCCCAUCAAGAUGGUUAUGGACAUCAACAGCAGUCACGUGUCCGGCCACCUCCGCGCCUUCGCCCUGGCGGCUCCGCGCGAGCUGAGCAGCAGUGGGAUGGUGGCUGGCUCCCUGCCCCCCCGCUGGCUGAAGAUCAUCCAGGAUGUCACCGCCAGCCCCAGCCCCGCUUCCAGCCUGGCGGCCGAAAAUGACACUCGCUGCGGGGAGCAGAUCCUCAGCUACGGCAACAUGGAGAAAGUUGUUAUCGGGGCCAUUCUCUGCCUCAUCACUCUGCUGACCAUCGCGGGCAAUUGCCUGGUGGUGAUCUCCGUGUGCUUUGUCAAGAAACUCCGGCAGCCCUCCAACUAUCUCAUUGUCUCCCUGGCUUUGGCCGAUCUCUCGGUAGCGGUGGCCGUCAUGCCCUUUGUCAGCGUAACGGACCUCAUUGGAGGAGAGUGGAUCUUUGGCCACGUUUUCUGUAAUGUCUUCAUUGCUAUGGAUGUGAUGUGUUGCACUGCUUCCAUUAUGACUUUGUGUGUGAUAAGUAUUGACAGGUACCUUGGAAUAACAAGACCACUUACAUAUCCUGUGAGGCAGAAUGGAAAAUGUAUGGCUAAAAUGAUCCUGUGUGUAUGGCUCCUCUCUGCCUCCAUCACCAUACCACCGCUUUUCGGUUGGGCCCAAAAUGUGAAUGAUGAAAAAGUUUGUUUAAUCAGUCAAGACUUUGGUUACACAAUUUACUCCACUGCGGUUGCAUUUUAUAUCCCGAUGUCAGUGAUGCUCUUCAUGUACUAUCAGAUUUACAAGGCUGCUAAGAGGAGUGCUGCUAAACACAAGUUUGCUGGUUUCCCACGGCCAGAAGAAAAUGAAGGCAUGGUUUCUGUGAAUGGAGUUAUAAAGCUACACAAGGAAUCAGAAGAAUGUACAAAUUUUUCACGACUCCUUAAACAUGAUAGGAAAAACAUUUCCAUCUUUAAGAGAGAACAAAAAGCUGCGACGACCCUGGGAAUUAUUGUUGGGGCCUUUACUGUGUGCUGGUUGCCAUUUUUCAUCCUUUCAACUGCUAGACCCUUUAUCUGUGGUACAGCAUGCAGCUGCAUCCCAUUUUGGGUUGAAAGAACAUUUCUAUGGUUGGGUUAUGCAAACUCUCUCAUUAACCCUUUUAUAUAUGCCUUCUUCAAUCGGGACCUGAGGACAACCUAUCGCAAUCUACUACAAUGCAGAUAUAGGAAUAUCAACCGGAAACUAUCAGCUGCAGGGAUGCACGAGGCUCUGAAGCUUGCGGAAAAGCCAGAAUUUGUGCUAUGUCUGGGUAGUGGAAAUCCCCCAUCACCACCAAGUCCUGUGCUUUGGAUGGGAGAAACUCUGAUUACUCAAGAAAAAAGAGUCAUGACUUAUGACCAAAUGCACAGCGAAGUAAUCAGAUAUGGCCAAGGCACGACUGGGGAAGCAAAAGUAAUGAAGAUUUAGCCUGAGAAGAAAUGGAGGGGUUAUGAAAUGCACUUAAUCUUCUUUGAAUGGGAAUGCUUAAAAAAUAAAAUAAAAAUCAAUGAGCUUGAUGCAUUGUAUUAAAUGUAUUUCUCAUGAAAGUGGUGACAUCUCUCAUUUAUUAGUGGGACAAUUGCUAUUGUGUACAAAUGAAAAUAGUUUUCUGUUUGAGAAAGCCAAAUCAUUUUAGCAAUAAGCAGUUUGACGCUUGAGGGAGAGAAAUUAACUGAAAUCCAGAAAGACAAGACAUUGUACAGAUCUGCACCUUUAUCAAUGAAUGUAAACAGAAGAGAGCAUUCAUUUAUGUUUCUCAUGUUUGUGGGUUACAACAUUGCUAUUAAUAUUCAGGGAUCACCGGUGAUACAGAAUGUAUUUUGUUUUACUACAAAAUGACAUUUUUCAAGCAAACGGUGGCAAUGUAGAUGCUUUCAAGCCUUGUGUUGAAAAUGUUCUGUGUGUCUGAGCUAAAAUCCAGAAAGGCAACAAUAAAAGGCUGAUUUUUUUAAAAAGUGGCCCUUUGGUACUAAAUGGCAAAAGCCUUGUCUAGUUAUAUACCAUUGACACAGGUGGUUGGUCUUUAAGAUAAAAGUGGAGCAUAAUUUGUUGGUUAUCUCAGACCUUUCAGUAAAAAUGCUUCUCAUGGAUUUUAUUAUGAUUAAGUCCAAGAGACAAGAGCAGGAUGUAUAUAUUUUACACAACAAAAGGUUAAUUUAUGUCCUUUCUAAGUGGUGAUUUUUGAUGUAUCACAAUAUAUAGAGAAACUAGGAUGUCUCUUUGUUCAAGUAACUGCAUAAAAGAUGGGAGGAUUUCAACAGUCCCUGCUUGCUGUUUCCGAAUAAUAUCUAUAAAAGCACCCUUUUUACUUUGAAUCGCAUCUGUUCAGUUGAAUUUCAUGAGGGUAUAUGCUGUUGUACUGAUGAUAAUUAAGUACUAGAGUAGCCAUUGUCACUGUAUUAAAAGUCACCAGGACUCCAUUCAGUACCUCAUCAAUAGGAUUAGUCACUGUGAACCCCACAUUUUAAAUAAAAUAAGUGCCUUUGGUAAUUCACUUGGAUUUCCCAAGAGGUACAUAGUGAGAACAAAUAGAUCUGUACAAAAUUCAAGCAUGUCAGUGAUAAAAGUUUUGUUAAUCCUUAAAUAUUUAAUGUGAGAAAGUUUAUUGUAAGUAUUCAGUGGACCAAAUUCUGAUCAGUUACAAUGGUAUCGAUUUCAGUGAAAUUACUCUGAAUAAAGUCAGAUCAGAACAAGGUGCAACAGAUAAAACUAAGGAUAGAAGAUUUAAGGGAGAAGAGGGACUCACAUAAGUGACAGUAAAAGCAAAUGCCUGAAGAUUAUUUCUUCUUCCGUAAAUGCAAAACAGAAUGAAAAAGGAUAUCUGUAAUAUUCUAAAGCUUAGCUACUUCACAGACACUGAAGCACCUGUAUUCAGAACAAAGUGGAAUGUCACGCUUUCCUUUUAGAUAAAGUUGUACCAAAACCUUAACUUCAGAUUUAAUAGAGUAAUUGUACAUUAUUAGAUUCAUUAUUUAAAUGAAUUUUUGUAAUAUGUACUAGUAUUACAAUUUUCUGUGAAAUUCACUGUAAA